AUGCAGACAUCUGGCAUGGACAACAGCCACGUAGAAGCAGUUCCGUGUGUUUCUGCCAAGGACAACAGUGGAUCUUUACAUGAUGCUUCCCCUAGUCCAAGACGUACGACUGAGCUCAGUGUGCCUUUAGGAGUCUGGGUCCCUCCCUUGUGGCCAGAGAUGUUCCUGCAUGUGCCUGUGGUUUUCUGCAUUCCAAAGUCCCAUUACUGCUGUCCUGUCAGUGGAAGGACUCCUUGGUUCCUGCUGGUCAUCACAACACAUUCCCUGGGGGUGGGACCCCUAAUAAAGAUGUGCUUCUAG